CGAGCGACGCACGUCUGUUUUCUCAUUACGAUUUUUUGUUUUCAAUUUUCGUGAUAUAACUGUGUUUUAAUUAAGAAUGGCUGAAGAAGGAGCAGCUACGGGUGGUGCUGUGGCCGAAAAAGUGGUACACACGUAUCCUUUAAUAAGGCAUACAGACAUGUCUGAAGAGAUGCGGAUUGAAGCUGUUGAAUUAUCAGUAACAGCUUGCGAAAAGUUUUCCCAGAACAAUGAAAUGGCCGCUCGUAUGGUUAAAGAGUCCAUGGAUAAAAAAUUUGGUCCAGCUUUCCACGUGGUCGUCGGCGAGAGUUACGGUUUCGAAAUAACUUAUGAGUGCACAACAAUAUGUUACAUGUAUUUCGGCGGUAACCAGGCUAUUUGUAUUUGGAAGUGUUCGUGAGUGACAUUCUUUCUUUUGUAGAAAUAUUUUCAAAGAUUCGUCACGUUUGCCGUCUCGGAUCUAACCGGUUUCUUGUGCUGAAACUAAUAUGAAUAUAAUGUAUCAAUUAUUCAAGCGUUUUAAAGUGUAUUAAAAUUAUCUGUGCUUUAAAAGAAAGACCUUACCGUUCUCAUGAAGGGAAACAUUAUUAUUAUAGUCUAUUUCAAUAGCAUAUGAAAAGGAAUCUAAAAGAUCGAUAUCGCCUAUAAGAUUAUAAUUGCAUUUUCAUUGUCUUUCAAUUACGUAAUAUUUUAAAACAUAAAAUAAAAACUUUACAAUAAACUAAACAAAUAAACCCAUCUCUUGUUGAUAUUUCAGCAUAUUCUGUUUAAUUUAUGAAAGAAAAAAUAUGCCAAAAGGUCAAUAUUUUAAGUUCCCUUUGCUCAUUGCAUUUCUAAUGAAAAAAAUAAUAUAUCUAGAUUUUAUAUACAUACG